GGAUUCUCAGUUACUCAGAACGGAACGGACCGACCCAAGAUGGCGGCGGCGACGGCGGCGGCGUCAGCAGCGUCGUCGGCGACGGCGGCGGGGGCAGCGGCAGUAGUGGUCGGGACCAGGGGUGGUGCGGCGACAACGGCGGCGGCGGCGGCGGCGGCAUCCCUGGGGCGCUCUGGGUAGCGCGCACGCACACACGUACGCGCGCGCGCCGGGUUUCGUCCUGGUUCGCGUCCGCAUUGGCGGCGGCGGCGUCGGCGUCCGCGUCCUCCCCCGCGUCCGCCAUGGAGGCCGGGCCCGACGACUUCGUGCCCCCUCCCGAGUGCCCCGUUUUCGAGCCGAGCUGGGCCGAGUUUCGGGACCCUCUGGGCUACAUUGCCAAGAUCCGGCCCAUCGCCGAGAAGUCGGGCAUCUGCAAGAUCCGGCCGCCGCCGGACUGGCAACCUCCCUUUGCUGUGGAAGUGGACAAUUUCAGGUUCACCCCCCGGAUCCAGAGGCUGAAUGAAUUGGAGGCCCAGACCAGGGUGAAGCUCAAUUACUUGGACCAGAUCGCCAAGUUCUGGGAGAUCCAGGGUUCUUCCCUGAAGAUCCCAAAUGUGGAGCGGCGCAUCUUGGACCUCUAUAGCCUCAGCAAAAUUGUGGUUGAGGAGGGAGGCUAUGAAGCCAUCAGCAAAGACCGCCGGUGGGCCCGCGUGGCUCAGCGCCUCAACUACCCAGCGGGCAAGAACAUUGGUUCCUUGCUGCGCUCUCACUACGAACGUAUCGUUUACCCCUAUGAGAUGUACCAGUCUGGAGCUAAUCUGGUGCAGUGUAACACACGUCCAUUUGAUAGUGAAGAGAAAGACAAGGAAUACAAGCCCCACAGCAUCCCCCUGCGACAGUCGGUACAGCCCUCCAAGUUUAACAGCUAUGGGCGGCGAGCUAAGAGGCUGCAGCCUGAUCCGGAACCUACUGAAGAGGACAUUGAGAAGAACCCAGAGCUGAAGAAGCUUCAGAUCUAUGGCGCCGGCCCCAAGAUGAUGGGCCUGGGCCUCAUGGCCAAGGAUAAGAGUCUUCGGAAGAAGGGUGAGGUGGCUUGUGGGCACCCAUGGGGCUCCGGGAGCCUGCUGCUCCCAAGGCCUGCUGACUCACUGUCCUCCCCAGAUAAGGAAGGCCCUGAGUGCCCUCCCACAGUGGUGGUAAAGGAGGAGGUGAGCACCGAGCCGAAGCUGGAGCCUGCCUCCCCUAAAGCCUUUGCAGAUGGCAAAGAGGAGCUGAGCCACAGCCCUGAACCCUGCACCAAAAUGACCAUGCGGCUGAGGAGGAGUCACAGCAAUGCCCAGUUUGUCGAGUCCUAUGUGUGUCGGAUGUGUAGCCGAGGUGACGAGGACGACAAACUGCUGUUGUGCGAUGGCUGUGAUGACAAUUACCACAUCUUUUGCCUCCUGCCACCCCUUCCCGAGAUCCCCAAGGGUAUCUGGCGCUGCCCCAAGUGUGUCAUGGCGGAAUGUAAACGCCCUCCAGAGGCCUUUGGUUUCGAGCAGGCCACACGAGAAUACACACUGCAAAGCUUCGGGGAGAUGGCCGACUCCUUCAAGGCCGACUACUUCAACAUGCCCGUGCACAUGGUGCCCACUGAAUUAGUGGAGAAGGAAUUCUGGCGCCUCGUGAACAGCAUCGAGGAAGAUGUGACUGUGGAAUAUGGGGCUGAUAUCCACUCCAAGGAGUUUGGCAGCGGCUUCCCCAUCAGUGAUAGCACGAGGCACCUGUCCCCUGAGGAGGAGGAGUACGCGGCCAGUGGUUGGAACCUGAACGUCAUGCCCGUUCUGGAGCAGUCGGUCCUGUGCCACAUCAAUGCUGACAUCUCUGGCAUGAAGGUACCCUGGCUCUACGUAGGCAUGGUUUUCUCAGCCUUCUGUUGGCACAUUGAGGACCACUGGAGCUACUCCAUUAACUACCUCCACUGGGGAGAACCUAAGACGUGGUACGGUGUCCCGUCCUUCGCAGCUGAGCACCUGGAGGAGGUGAUGAAAAAACUCACACCAGAACUGUUCGACAGCCAGCCUGAUCUCCUCCAUCAGCUGGUCACGCUCAUGAACCCCAACACGCUCAUGGCCCACGGUGUGCCGGUUGUCCGCACCAACCAGUGCGCGGGAGAAUUCGUCAUCACCUUUCCCCGAGCCUACCAUAGCGGCUUUAACCAGGGCUACAACUUUGCCGAGGCCGUCAACUUCUGCACCGCUGACUGGCUGCCCGCAGGGCGUCAGUGUAUAGAGCACUAUCGCCGGCUCCGGCGCUACUGCGUCUUCUCCCACGAAGAACUCAUUUGCAAGAUGGCGGCCUGUCCUGAGAAGCUAGAUUUGAACUUGGCUGCGGCGGUGCAUAAGGAAAUGUUUAUCAUGGUACAGGAGGAGCGGCGACUGCGAAAGGCCUUGCUUGAGAAGGGCAUCACGGAGGCGGAGCGUGAGGCCUUUGAGCUGCUCCCCGAUGACGAGCGCCAGUGUGCCAAGUGCAAGACCACCUGCUUCCUGUCUGCGUUAGCUUGUUAUGACUGUCCCGAUGGGCUGGUCUGCCUCUCCCACAUCGAUGACCUCUGCAGGUGUCCUACCAGCAAGCAAUAUCUAAGGUACCGCUACACGCUGGAUGAGUUGCCCGCCAUGCUGCACAAGCUGAAGGUGCGAGCCGAGUCCUUCGAUACCUGGGCUAGCCACGUGCGAACAGCCCUGGAGGUGGAAGAUGGGCGGAAGCGCAGCCUGGAGGAGCUCAGGGCUCUAGAGUCCGAGGCCCGGGAGCGCCGCUUCCCCCACAGUGAGCUCCUGCAGCGGCUGAAGGAUUGCCUGCGCCAGGCUGAGGCCUGCAUCUCUCGGACCCUGAGACUGGUCAGCAGCCAGGAGUCAGGGGGUGUGGAGCCCAGUGGGGAACGCCGGGCCCCCAGGGUCACACCCCCCCAGUUGACCCUGGAGGAGCUCCGGGACUUCAUCGAGGAGAUGAGCAGCCUGCCUUGUGCCAUGCACCAGAUUGGGGAGGUCAAGGGCAUCCUGGAGCAGGUCGAGACUUUCCAGGCCCAGGCUCAGGCCGCCCUGGCCUCUCUGCCAGCCACCCUGAGCCACCUGCCGGGCCUGCUGGAACAGGCUCAUCGCCUGGGCGUUGAGGUGCCUGAAGCUGAGCAGCUGAAGCUGCAGGUGCAGCAGGCCCACUGGCUGGAUGAGGUGAAGAGGGCCCUGGCGCCCCCAGCCCAGCGCGGCACCCUGGCAGUCAUGCGGGGGCUAUUGGCGUCGGGGGCCGACGUGGCGCCCAGCCCUGCCGUGGACAAAGCCCGGGCCGAACUACAGGAGUUGCUUGCCAUUGCGGAGCGCUGGGAGGAGAAGGCCCAUCUCUGUCUGGAGGCCAGGCAAAAGCACCCUCCUGCCACCCUGGAGGCCAUUAUCCGAGAGGCUGAAAAUCUCCCUGUACAGCUGCCCAACAUCCUGGCCCUCAAGGAGGCCCUGGGCAAGGCCCGGGCCUGGAUUGCGGAUGUGGAUGAGAUCCAGAACGGCGAUCACUACCCGUGUCUGGAUGACCUGGAGGGCCUGGUGGCCGUGGGCCGGGACCUGCCCGUGGGCCUGGAGGAACUGAGGCAGCUGGAGCUGCAGGUGCUGACGGCUCACUCCUGGCGGGAGAAAGCUUCCAAGACUUUCCUCAAAAAGAACUCGUGCUACACUCUGCUCGAGGUGCUGUGUCCGUGUGCGGAUGCUGGCUCUGAAAGCAUGAAGAGGGACCGGUGGAAGCGCGAGAAGGAGCUGGGCUUCUACAGAUCAGACACUGAACUCUUGGGGCUCUCUGCCCAGGACCUCAGAGACCCGGGCUCUGUGAUUCUGGCCUUCAAGGAGGGUGAGCAGAAAGAGAAGGAGGGCAUCUUACAUCUGCGCCGUGCCAAUGCGGCCAAGCCCUGCCCGGCGACCCUCAAACUCCCCGGGCCCCCUUCCCCCGAGGCCCCGUCCUGCGUGUGUGGGCAGGCACCAGUGGGUGAGGGAGCCCUGCAGUGUGACCUGUGCAGGGACUGGUUCCACGGCUGCUGUGUGUCAGCUCCACGCCUCAGUGGCCUCCGGCCCCCAAGUCCCGCGCCCCCAGUGCCCCUGGCCUGGUGGGAGUGGGACACAAAGUUCCUCUGCCCACUCUGCAUGCGCUCCCGCCGCCCUCGCCUGGAAACCAUCUUGGCCCUUCUCGUGGCCCUGCAGAAGCUGCCCGUUCGCCUGCCUGAGGGGGAGGCCCUGCAGUGCCUGACUGAGCGGGCCAUUGGCUGGCAGGGCAGGGCCCGGCGGGCCCUGGCGUCCAGGGAUGUGUCGGCGCUGCUGGCUCGCCUGGCGGAGCUCCGGCAGCGGCUGCAUAGGUCCCCGGCCGCCCCUCGCCCCCAACCCAGCGGCCUGGCCCCAGCCCCCCUCAGGGAGAGUAGAGGUGAUGAGGGCAAUGAGCUUCAGGUGACUUUGGAGAAUGGAGAUGGCGUGAAGAACCCCGAGAAAAGUGGUGUGGGGGCCAGUGCAGACUUGGAGCUGCUGUCCUCGCUGCUGCCCCGGCUGGAAGGCCCCGUGCUCGAGCUGCCCGAGGCGGCGCGUGCCCCCCUGGAGGAGCUGAUGAUGGAGGGUGACCUGCUGGAGGUGACCCUGGACGAGAACCACAGCAUUUGGCAGCUGCUGCAGGCAGGCCGCCCCCCCGACCUGCCCCGGCUGCGCACGCUGAUAGAGCUGGAGAAGGCCGAGAGGCAAGGGCCUCGGGGACGCAGCCGUGCUCCGGAGAAGCGGCGGCGGCGGAGGGGGGAGCGUGCAGGCGGGGAGUGUGUGGAUGUGACCAGGGAGGAGCUGGAGCCAAAGAGGGCCCGGGGCCCGGUGACCACCGAGGCAGAGGAGAUGCUGGAGGAGGAAGAGGAGGAGGAAGGGGAGGCCGAGGGGCCCAGAGCCGGGGAUGAGGACCUUCCCCCCGGCCGUGGCACGUGGGGUUCCAGCCCUCCCCUGAGCCAGAGCAGGCCUGAAGUGAGGCCGGGGAGCCAGGGGGGUGGGGCUUCCACCUGCCCCUCUACCGGCGGCCCCCCGCCCGCCUCCCCCUGUCAUUCAGAACAACAGCAGUUGUGACAGUUCAGAGCCGGACACGCGCCCAGUCCUGUGUCCCCACAUCCCCAGCUGGUCCACCCCUGCCUCGGGAGGGGGAGCGAACGGGAUACCGCCGCUGGGGGCUGUCAGCCACGCCCGCCUGAGGGUGGCCUUUAGGGGUCUCGGUCCUCUCUCCUCUCCCUGGAGGGGGCCUCCUACCAGCAUUCAUUCCCUUGGCCGGCCAGGCCCGUGGUCUGCCUGCUCCCGUCUUCCUCUGGCCCCGGCCAGCACCAUUCCAGGGGUGGGGGGGCGGGGCAGAGAGGAGAAGGGCAGAGGGCCACGGGGCUGGCUCGGGGCACGGGGCUUUUGCCCCCCCCCAACCUCGCAGCUGGGCUUCCACUCGCCCCACGCUCCCUGCCCUUGUCCCCUUCCUCUCCACUCCCCACCCAGGGGCGAGGAGGAGAGAAUGAUGGUCAGCCACCUCUCGGGGUUUUCUUUUUGAUGAUUAAACUUGGGGGGGGUUUGGAAGAAAGCUUCUCUGGUGCUGCUCCUGUAGGCCCCAUCAGCCUGCCCCCCGCCCCCCAUGGCCCCCCCCUCCCCGUUGCCCCAGGAUGGCGUCGGAUGGGGGAAGGGGAAAAGCGCCGCCGGGAGGAAGGAGCCAAGGAACUGCCCCCCUCCCCCCCCACCAAACAAAGCAAACCAACCAACAGGAAACACGUCUUUCCCGAAGUUGCCUCUUUUAAUUUUAUUUUAUUAUUUUCCUCUUGUUAGAAAUAAAACUUAGCAAUGGUUUUUGGAA